GUCGUUUGUAUUUUGAUAUGCAGAUAGAGGAUCGGAAGACAUUACAGUGACGUCACAUGGUCUGGCGUUUAUCUCAUCGGGGCUGUACCCGUACAGAUAUAUAUUUGAUCCGACAGUUGCUCUACAUCCAACACCAGGAAAAAUAUUCCUAUUUGAUUUCAAUCAUCCCAAUGAACGUAUCCAAGAGCUACAUCUAAUUGGGAAUUUUGAUAGAGAUAACUUCUAUCCGCAUGGAAUAAGUCUACACGAAGACACGGAUGAAAUCCGUCUAUUUGUUGUCAACCAUUUCGAGAAUAACACAGACGCAGUUAUAAUAUUUCGCUUCAAUGAAAAGGAGAAGUCGUUGAGUCACCUGAAAACCAUCACUGGAAAAACAAUGUACAGUGUUAACGAUGUGCUGGCAGUGGGACCAGAAUCAUGCUAUUAUACAAACGAUAGAUACUCAAUUACACCAUUCGGAAGAAAGUAUGAGAUAAUUUUAAACCUUGAAUUGGGGAACAUUGGAUUUUAUGAACCUCGUGGAAAAGAUAGAAUAGUUGCAUCCGGGUACCAAGCUCCGAAUGGUAUAAACACAUCCCCGGAUGGAAGGUAUCUGUACGUGGCGUCAUCUCGACAUCAAUACAUAACAGUGUUUGAAAGGAAGUCAGAUAACUAUUUAAAUGAGGUGCAGGUGUUGAAAGUUCACUUCGACUCGUCAGACGCCCCAUAUAGUGACGUCGACAUACAGCAAGUUCUUAUGGAUGAUGGUACUCUCGUGAGCGGAUCCAGUGUAGCGAGUUUCUAUAAUAAUAAAAUGUUAAUAGGAACUGUAGUAGACAAGAUGGCUUAUUGUGAAAUAAAAAAUACUUAA